AUGGCCCACAUCAGUUCCAACUUCAUCCUACUCUGUUUACUCUUUUUCAUCUCACCAGGUCAAGGCCAAGCCAAGAGCAACCUAACCGUCUACACCUCCAACACUGUCCCAAAGGUUGGUUCAAACUCAACACAAGAUGUCGCCAACUACACCGCACCAAUGUUCCCACUGCUGGGCUUCAAGCAGUACAAGAACAACCCCAUCCUGGCACCCAAUCCAAAGUCCAACUGGGAGUCCGCCUACCUCUACAACCCAGCCGCCAUCGUAAUCGACAACAAAGUCUGGCUCCUGUACCGCGCUCAGAAUGAAAGCCUCGUCUCGACCAUCGGCCUCGCCUGGUCCACCGACGGUUUCAACUUCACCCGCUACACCAAACCCGUCGUCCAGCCCUCCGAGCCCUACGAAACCAAAGGCACAGAAGACCCGCGAGUCGUGCGAAUCAAUGGGACAUUCUACAUGACCUAUACCGGCUACGACGGCACGCUCGCGAGACUGUGCCUCGCCACCUCCACCAACAUGGUAAAUUGGACGAAGUACGGUCCUCUUCUGCCCAACAUCACCGACGUCAACUACCGCUACGACCUCCCCAUCAACGCCUACGCCCCCCGCGAAGGCUGGAGCAAGAGCGGCGCCAUCGUGCCAGAGAAGAUCCACGGACUCUACCACAUGCAAUUCGGCGACACCUGGCUCUACACCGCCAACUCCACGGACCUGAUCCACUGGAACUACACCCGCAACGACCUCCCCUUCGCCCCGAAACUCACUGUCUGGGAGCAAGCGCUCAUGGAAUCCGCCGCGCCGCCCGUGAAAACCCGGGAUGGGUACUGGAUCAAGAUCUACAACGGCGUCGGGCUCGGGCCGGGGGGUUACGUGACGGGGAGUUAUAACACCGGGCAGAUGUUGCUGGAUAUGGAGAAUGUGCCGCGGGGGCCGCCGGUGGCGAGGGUGGAGACGCCUUUGCUCAGGCCGUUGACGGAGGAGGAGACGGAGGGGCAGGUGGAUAAUGUGUUGUUUAGUGAGGGGUUGGUGCAGUUUGGCGGGGAGUGGAAGAUGUAUUUUGGGCAGGGGGAUCAGUUUUUGGGGGUUGCUACGGCGGCGUUGCAGCCGUGA